AUGCUCAAACAAAGGCAGUGCCCUAUAUCUAAAGAAUUACGAACACUUAUUUGAUUUUCAGUGGGAAAGAAUAAUAAAUGAACUCAUGAAAAAACAAACUUUUCUUGCAGAGGUACUCCUAGCAAUAGCACUGCCAAGAGAUAGGAUCGGAAACACAAAAGCAACGGAGGAUCUCAUUCCAGUUUUAGGGAUGGCUUAUGGGGCUUUGAUGAAGCAGAGAUAUUAUGCCCUAAAUGGUGUACAAAAGAUGAUUACUACUGCCUUAGCCAAUGAACAGACACAUAUGAAGAUGAGGCAUCACUACAGAUCAACAAGUUGUCAAAUAUACACAAGGUCUAUGACAGACUUCAACCCCUGGGAAUUACUAUCAGCCAUCAAGGUCUGCUGGAUACAAUGACACCAAUACCAGACAGUUUCAAUUCUAAACUCAUCGACAGUCUGAAACGAGAAAAAAAAUUGAAUAGUGGGAGACAAUAUUAAUAUUCAAAUGGGUGUUGCUCAAGUGAGACAAAGUGUAGGUAAAGUAAGUCAUAUGGAGCACUGGUUUGGCUCGGCGGCAAUUGCGCAAAACAUUUCCUUCACAGAUUUGAAUAAUGAUGGUCCACAAUGUGAUUUACGUCAGUUUCCAACAGAAAUGUUCAUAUUAAAUGAGAAAGACUGGCAAAACAUCACCUACAACUUCUCUAUUCUUUCGUCUAGAGUUCUGGUAAAUUUUUUUCCAUGGUUAAAGGUUGCCACUUCUUCUGUUAGUCAACCUAUUGCAGAUAUGCCUGAUGCUAUGAAAAUCAAAAACGACGUAAUACCUUUGCCAGUCAUGCACAAGAACGAACAGAAAUACUCGGAUGUUGUAGACAUUUUGGCAUCAUACCAAGACAUAUGUGAAAGUACGUACAUGGCUGCUGGAAAGGCUAUUGACAAAGUUUACAUAGGAGGUGACCAGUUGACUAGAGAAAGAUUUUCAGGGGCCAAAAGGUUGAGAGCUGCAGCCUUAACAGAAACAGAAAGAUUUGAAGCUUUGUAUCCUAUAACAUUUGAAGUUUUUCACCUACAGAUGGCUGUCCUUACACUAUAUUAUCAGAUGCUAUAUGACGAGUAUCACACUGAUAUUUUUACCCUCCACUGUCAGCGGAUAAGAUUGCUUAGAAAAGAUGCUAAUGGACAAGAUGUAAAAAAUCAUUAUGACAGUUGUAAAGAACUAGCCAUAUCUGUAAUCAAAGCAUAUAUAGUUCUGGCUACAUGUGAACAGUUUGAAAUGCCUAACUUAAACUUCAAACCUGACUUUGUCCCAGAGUUAGAUACCAUGACAGAUGAACAAAAGAAAGAGUGGUUGAUAUCUAAAGCAUCACCUAUUGUAUGUCAAGUCACAUCUACAAGCAGAAAUGUAACUGAUGGAACCUUAGUUGAAGAUGCCUCCCCUUAUAUAAUAUACAACUACAGUAACAUACUAGUUGAGUUAUGUCUGGUGUUUCUGGAACUGUGUGAUAUUGUAAAAAAUCCUAACAGAAAAAGAUUCAAAACUAGUAUGAAGUAUUUAAUGAUUGUAAUGAAAGGACAUGACAACAAGUCCAAAUGCGCCUUAGAAAUCUUACGCUUACUAUGCCAACAAUUUGCUUUGCUUAGUGAAAGGGCUGCUAAUAAAGCAGUGUAUGGGUUAUUUGUUAACACAGGAAAGACAAUAAUCCCAGUAGACCUACAAAUGGAACACCUUGUAAAAUUGACCAAAGGACACCUGCGGACAAUGUGUUCAAAUGUAACUGAUGCAUCUCUGGUGAAACGUAGUAGUACUUUUUGGUAUGGAUGAGAUAAGUGCAGUGUUUGACAAGGAAACAUCUGUAUUGACUCGUGCACAUAAACAUAAAAGAAUUUCCUCAAAGGAUGAUGAAACUAGAAUUAUCUGUGACUUGAGCUCAAUAAAACCAUUCACUAAAGUUCCAGGUAGACAAGCCACGUUCUUCAAAAAACAACCAAGGAAUCCCCUCACCAAGUUGAAUGCAAUUGACUUUAUAAAUUUGAUAAGAUUUCAUCAGCACAAAUUCUACUUUGAACUAAGUCAAGUAGUUAUGUCGGUAAAAUACCUUAAAGAGACAGUUGUGUAAAUUU